CCGUGGCGGUUCGAUCACAGCAGCAGGGAGGCACUUGCUACCUGGGAAGGGGAGGGCGGAGGCUCGAAAUUACAAACCAACCAUGAAGCUCCUGAAGGAGCUGGUGGCUGUGUUCAUCCUGUUACCCCGCUUUCUCAUCACCGCCUUCAUGCUGUGGCUCCUCGAUAUCCUGUGCCUCCGAAAGCGGCUGUUGUCUAAGAGUAGGCAACAGAGCGAAGGAAAUGUCGAUGAUCCUCCCCUGUGUGUCUCGGACACAAACCGAAUGUUUACGCUGGACUCCCUCAGAGCGAUCUGGUACGGCCAGAAACUGGACUUUUUCAAAUCCGCCCACGUGGGCUCACCGGCUCCCAACCCUGAGGUGGUGCAGCUCCGGGACGAGAGCACGGUCCGGCUGCUGGACUAUAGCAGCGGCGGCAGACCACUCAUUCUCAACUUUGGCAGCUGCACCUGACCCCCUUUCAUGGCGCGUCUUAAAUCCUUCCAGAGGCUCGCCGCCCAGUAUGCUGACAUUGCAGACUUCCUCCUGGUCUACAUUGAGGAAGCCCACCCUUCUGACGGCUGGAUCAGCACCGAUGCCCCGUAUGACAUCCCAAAGCACCGCUCCCUGCAAGACCGCCUGAAAGCUGCCAGUCUGAUGGACAGAGAGAACCCUGGCUGCCUUGUGGUGGCCGACACCAUGGACAACUCUUCCAACGCUUCCUACGGCGCUUACUUUGAACGGCUGUAUGUCGUCCAGAACCAGAAAGUCGUGUAUCAAGGAGGGAGGGGGCCAGAAGGAUACAAGAUCUCCGAACUCAGAAUGUGGCUUGAGCAGUAUACAAACCAGAGCCACAAUCCCGGCACUGUCCUGGUUGAAGUGUGAAUGAACUAAAUGCACUGAACUCGUAGAAAGGUUUAAUAUAUUUUGAAAACAAUUCUUCCUCCCUACUAUUUACCGCAAUGUUUAUGACUGGUUAACGAACUGGUGAAACAAGUGCUAACGUGUAAUGUACGGUUAAUAUGACCUUGAUGUAUAUUUGUAAAUACUCUGUGAAAUACUAUGUAUUUUGUGUGUGUGUGUGUGUGUGUGUGUUUCUAAAGCGAUUUACCUGACUUGAAAAGAGAAUUUACUGUAUAGUGAGAAUUCGCACAUGUUCUUGACACUUCUUUGUGAAAGCCGGUUUCGAAAUGGCUUUCUGCCAGGAAACCGCGCCUGAUGUGACAAGUGUCCGGGAUACGGUGGAUUUUGUGUCUGAUCAGUAUUGUAUUGGGUUUGAUGAAAACAAGUGUUUCGAAAUCGCGGGCUUUGUAUAUAAUCGCAUAUCUGCAUUCUUUUGAAAUCAACCAUUUUUAAUACAUUUUAUAGUAAAUGUUCAAAAAAAAGCGAGGAUUGUGGUUCAUUACUCCGUAAUUUAAGGUUUGGUUCUAUUUGGUUUUGGAUGUGGAUAAGCGGGAAAGGAACAGGUCCUACCAACUAGGAGAAACUGAGGACUGCAGAUGCUGAGUCGAGAGUGUGGUACUGGUAAAGGUCAGGCAGCAUUGGAGGAGCAGGAGAAUCGAUGUUUCGAGCAUAAGCCCUUCAUCAAGAUGCUGCCUGACCUGCUGUGCUUUUCCAGGUCCUACCAAGUGUCAAGAUCAGUUUAACACGGGUCAACAUUAUUUCAGGAGCAGGUCUUCUGGAUGCUCUACCUCUGCCCCUACGGAAUCUUUUUACUAUCCCUUCUUACCUGGAAAAGCUUACAUGACCUAACAUUUCUGAACAUACGAAAUUGGCCGGUCGGAGCAAACGGCUGGUCCGACCAGCCUGCACCACAUCUUGUUCAUCUCUUCCUACCUAUGUAGUCCCCAAAAAGAGACAAAGGACAGUACAAUCUAGGUUCAAUGGGGUCCACUAAGUGGAAAAUUCCUCUCUUAACCUCCCCCCCCCCCCCCCCCCACACACACACACACCCCGCGCGGACACUAAGCAGUCAAAAACAACCCAGGCCGACCACAUGGACCAAGUUGUUAUCUAUAAAGAUAUUGUUCCUCUGUUAAUAUUGACAUUUUCCAUGCACUCUAUUGUCAAGUUCUGGUCAUCCUUUAAGCAAGUUCGAAGAUAAUCAUAGUAUCCCCACAAUGCGGAAGCAGGCUAUUCGGCCCAUCGAGAGAUGGGUAGAUGGUCAGACAGCUUAAAUGACAAAAAGUUUCAUAGUGAGAGUGCAAAGGGAAUAGGACAAGAUAGAAGAUGCUUCAUUCCUGAUGAAGGCCCUUGCCCGAAACAUCGAUUCUCCUGCUCCUCGGAUGCUGCCUGACCUGCUGAGCUUUUCCAGCACCACACUCUCGACUCUGAUCUCCAGCAUCUGCAGUCCUCACUUUCUCAUAAUUACGUUUGUCGCGUCUUCUAAUGUUAUAGAGCAUUUACUUAUAAUGUUGAAUAAUAUAAAACUGUCAAUGUUCACCAUGGCAGCCUGGAAUAAGUGCAAAGAAAUGAAUAAACUAUAAAUAAGUUUAAUGUUAAAA